AUGAAGUACAUCACCGCUCUCCUCGCUGCCGCCGUUACCGGUGUUGUUGCCCACGAGGGUCACGACCACACCACCCUCGGUGACUACGUUCCCGAGUGCUCGCUCAAGUGCCUCAGCGACGCCCGCAAGAGCGCCACCACCUGCAAGGACGACACCGAGCUCGAGUGCUUCUGCAUUCUCGAAAACUACCGUGCCAUCUACGAUGCCAGCGUUGCCUGCGUCAUGGUUGCCUGCGGUCAGGACGUUGCUGUUGCUGAGGUCCUUCCCUCUGUCAUCUCCAUGUGCGACGAGGUUGCUCCCAUGACCACCACCAUCGGCGGCGGCACCCUGGAGCUCCCCACCGACUCUGCUUCGUCCAGCGCUGGUCCUGCUGCCACCCCUACCACGACCGACGAUGCCGCCCCUGCCGAGACCAGCACUCCCGGCUCUGGCGCCGCCGGCCUCGCCGCCGGCCUCGUCGGUGCCGCUCUCCCCUUGGCCAUGGCCGCCCUCCUCUGA